AUGACAGAUCUCUAUGCGCGCUUUGGUGCAGAGGCUGUCGAGUCUGUGCCCUCCGCCGCUUCUAGCCAGGCUCGAGACAUCUUGAAGCGCAUCUCGAAACUCUCUACACCAUCAGCCGCUUCAUCGCGGGCAACGAGUCGCGCGCGGCCUCCGUAUCCUUUCCGCUGGGGUGCAGCAGAGAUGAAAAACGCCAGUAGUCCGCGUGGCGAGGAAGCCGCCUGUGAGCAGGACGAGGACGGUACUCAUGGCUUCACUCCCCGCGCAGCACGUGAACGAUCCCACCGAUAUUCUCUGCGAUGCCUCUCGAGAUUCUGCGCUGUCAAGACAUUCGUAGAUUUGUCGUCGUACUCAAUCGAGAAGGUGGAUAUUGGACAGACAUCCGCUGAGCCUGGCCCUUUGCUCCUGCUCUAUCUCUUCUACUCCCGGCUUCAUGAACACCUCCUCCAAAGCGACGCCUCGACACCCCAGUCUUCCGAGAGUGUAUCCUCCCUCUUUGCUCGUCCGUACUCGCUGACUGAAGGCAACCUGACUAUCAGAGAUGCGAAGAAGAUGUCGGUCGAUCUGCUCCUUCACCAGCCGCCUUUCUCUCUGUCUGUUCGGCACGUCGAAAAAGUGUGGGCCUCCGUCGCUCCGCGGCAUCCGCACCUCAACAACGACCCCUUCCUGGCAGCUCUGAAUGCGGGCGAGUUCAUUGCGUUUUUUGCUGGCCUCGCCGUCCUCGCAGCCUCCCGAGUCGCGAAACCCGGCGUGACGUCCUACUUCGACAAACUCCGCAUGUUCAUGCGCAGAUUCGCUUGCGUGGGGGAAAUCAAAUGUCAUCUCCUUGACGCAUACAGAGACAGGCACAUCCCCGCCCUCGCCAAAUACCCUCUCCAGACGCGAACCGAGCUGCCUGCCAGAGAACUGCUUCUCGCCCUUCCGCAGGGACAAGUGCGUACUCUUCCCGCUGUGAAGCCAGAUCCCGCUGCCUAUCGAUGGCUCCUUGAAAACUUUGUGUUUUGUCGACCCAAGCCUGUGUGGCAUGCGUUCCGCGGGAUUUUCUUGGAUAUGGGCGUUCAGCGGCAUAGUCCCCCCACCGCCUCGCCACCCGCCCACGCAGAUGCCCUCGGAUUCAACACUGGCUCUGCAUUUACAGCCAGACAAAGGCACCGCUUCUGUGUGCAGAUUCGGAAUCUCACGUUCAGUCCAAUGGCUGUUCGCAUGCAGCUGCUUGGUCUCGCCCCCGUGACGGUCACUAUGAAGCCGAACACAGUGGUGCCUCCGAAGCAGAGUGUGCGACUCGUCGUGACAGCCGACUGCCGCCACGCCCCGGGAGAGUGGUAUGGGCAGCUUCGUUUGCAUCUCACAGGUGGAAAGGGCAGGAGGCAACGAGUUGCCAUUCCCGUGUAUGUGAGCAUCGCUGAUGAAAGCCGCUUGACUUCCGGCGCCACGACUCCUUUACCCUUGUACUCCGCGUGGGAGACCAUAACAAGUCUAGGGGCUCGUGGUGGCCGCGUGGCGUUCAGAUCCCUUCCCCCUGUCAAACAAAGACUUCCUUCUAGCUCGCGCGCGUCACCUGAUCAAGCGGCGUCUGAAACUCCCAGAAUGGCGCCGUCUGAGACCGAAAUACCCGCAUACCCGCAGCCCGCGCGCCAGCGAAGUGGCGACGGCGUGUCACAAGCCUUUCCGUGUGGAGGUGAGGAAGCUCAUUCGGCGCGGCCCCCAAGUGCGAGUCGAGAAUCUGUCAAGCGCUUGCACGAGAAUGCAGACGCAAUGCAAACAACAAGCAGCACCGACAUCGGGAAUGCCUCAGAAGUCCCCGGUGGGCGCCCUAUUGGUGCCGCUCAAUCGAUCAGCCCCGCGCGCCGUUCCUUCGUGCAGCGGUUAACGAUGCGAGAGCGCGUAUCGCUGGAACGCGAAAUGCAUCUACACCUUUUGCGCGCAGCCUUGCCGAAGGCCGCGCGGCAGCCUCCGGCGGCACUCGUCUCCGAGUCUGAUCCCAAUAUUAUUGGAAAGGCGCCUCUGGGAGCCGACGCAUGGAGGCAACGCACUUUGACUCCGAAGCAAGUCACACGCGCAAAGACGCCUAAUACGCGGACGGGUCGGAGCCGACAACCAAAUCCCCAGAUUUCUAAAAGUGCAGAAAGAAACAUUAGCGACUCGGAAGACGGCUCAAAUACAAGCUCGUCUUCUUCGUCGUCUCCCCCAGCCGCAGCCGAUCCGAGUUCACCAGCCCCGCGCCUCGAACCCGCAGCACGCUAUCCUAAUCUGUCGUCUGCGCAGCGGGACUCGCCCAGGCAGGGGCUGCCACAGCUACAGAGCCCUCCGCGUCAGCCGCCGCCCACCGUUCACGCCACGCCACGCGCACGGCUGCGAAAACCCGUCCCGCUGGAGGCAACCGCUGAGCAGCCAGGCACUGUGUCUUCUCGCAGCGAACCCGCGGCCUGUCUCCGGUCGCAUCGAUUUUGCCGCCCCCCGCAUGGAGGAGCGACGGCAGAGGCGUCAAAAGCGGGCUCGCUGGGGGGCGAAUGCCCCUCUGUGGAGGCUCGCAGGGUUGCGGACUGCUCUAAGCCUCGGCUGUCGGUAGGAGUCGCUCCCGGGUUCGUUGCCAAAACGCCGCAGGCGGCAGAGCAGGAGCGGCUGGCGGCAUUCGGGACGCGCGGCCGUAAGUCGCCGCCUGAUGGGCUCAAUAACGAGAUCCGGCACCGCACCGAAGAAACCCUGAGAUGCGUCUCGACUCUCGCAGGCAGUGGACACGCGUUUGGGCUCCGUAGGCAUCUCACCCUUAGUCCGCGUAACACAAGCCUUCAGCACCAGGGAAUGACGCUCAUGCGUCAGUGUCGGCAGGGCAGCGUCGUCGGUGCCUCGGAGCCAAGCACUCGAAUGGCUUCGGCGCGGUCGGCCCCUGUUAGCGGCGAGACGUUUUCGCGAACAGUUUUUGCCGCUGCAGAAAAGCGACUGGAGGAGCUGCGCCUGUCGGGGUCGAUAUAUGCGGCGACGGGCUGA